CUCCAGAUCCUUUCCUCAUUUGGUAUUUUCAGCUCUUUUCACAGCGAGCCUCGAGGACCCUCUCCUCGGAUCACCAAACAGACCCCUAAAUUUUCUAUAAAUCGUGCCCUAACUCUGCCAAUCUUCGAUCCCAAAUCUUCAUUCAAUUCAACCUCCAAAUUCUCCAAUUUUCUUUCAUUUUGAUUCAAUUCGAUCUUGCAUUCUUUCAAUUUGCUCUUUUCUCUAUCGAGCGAGCCUACUUUUACCCCUUUCCGUGCUCUCGAUUCAUUUCUAGGGUUAGGGUUUUGAGAUUCUCCUUGAUUCUUUGAUUCCGAAGUGGGUUUUGUUCGAUCUUAAAGUCUAAUCUUGUAUAUUUGAAUUUCAUGGCUUAAAUUUAUCUGGGUCAGUUGAACUUCUAAAAUAUUUUCUUAAAUUUUGAAAAUUUACGGCUCUUAUAAAUUCUUCAACUUUAUCCAUUUUCUGUUUGAUUCAAUUGUUUUCCCUUCUGUCCCUUGUUUAUUACUCUCUCUCUCUCUUUUUUUUGUAAAGUUGUGCUAAUACGAUAAUACAAACUAGGGAUCUAUAAUUUUUUUUAUUUGUGAAUUAGGGUUUUUGGUAAAUUCGAUAUUUUCAAUUUCAUCAAUCCUGUUCAACGACCAAUUUUAGAAAAGGUAAGAUCGAGCUCCUCUAGCUUAUUCAAUAUUGAGUUUUUUUUUUUCAAGUAAUAAAUUUAGUUAUAGAUGGUUAUUGUUGAUUGGUUAUCCCUUUCUUUCUUUUCUUUUAUUAUAAAAAUAAUAAUUUUCUUACACUCGAAUUAAUAAAAAAAUUGGUUUGGUAAUAACAUCAUUAAUUAAUUUUAAAUAGAAUAUUUUUCAUGGGGUGUGAAGUAAAAAUGUGUUAAUAUCAAGAAAUGAAGCUCGUAUAGGGAGCGCAUAAUGGCUACAUAUAGUAGUAUAUGUUGGCCCUUUUUGUUAGUAUGGUGGAUGCUAAAAUUCCCAUAUGCUUGAAAGUCCUUAAUCGCUAUCCUUUUGGUAAUUUGGGUAGUUUCCACUUUAGCUUCUUCUUGUUUGUUUAUGUCAAAGGAAUCUUACCUUUCUACCUUCAACUUUUCAGAAAUGUAAGAAAAUAGUAAGAAAAGUCGCCCUUCUAGGCAGCUGAUGUCAUAAUUGUUGUGGGAUAGUGUAUAUUUUCAUUUCUAGAAAACAAGUCUGCUGUUGUGUUUUCGUGAAAGCAUCUGAUACUUUGAAUCUUUACUUUGUUUCUGUGUUUCUAAUAUGAGUGAAGAUGAUUCUGAUUUGCAGAUAAAAUUAAAAUGAUUCACAAACGUGCUUUUUCUGAUGAUAAUUUAUAUGAGUUUGCUUGUAAGCACCCCAGACAAAUGGAGCACAUUGAUCAGCUUGCUCCUAUUUUCCCACUUGACAGUGGGCACCAGAAACAUCUUGUUUCAGGUGAUGACAGUUUUAGAAAGUGUCAAGAAGUAGGGAGGUCUGCAAGUGACUUGUUCAGUGAAUGUUCAAAUGGGACUAGCAAGGGAUUUGAAACUGGUGAUAAUGGUUGUUUCCCCCACUUUUUGUGGAUUGGAAAUGGGAUUCUUGAAGCCGAUAAUUUAUCAUUCUUCCCAGAAUAUUUUGAUCAUGGGCACCAGCUCAGGGCUUUACUUGAGCCUGAAGAGGCCUGCUCAUCUCUUGAUUACCCUUUUCAGAAGCAGGUUUCUGUUGGACCAGAGCAUCAAGCUUAUGUCCCAGAGUGGGACUCCCAGGGUUCAAGCACCUCCCUGAACCAGCUAGAUGACUCUAACCUUCAAGUUGCAUGUGCACAUUCAUCUAGCCCAGGUGUCAUAAUUGAUGGUGGUUACGAGGAGAACCUGAUGGGUACUUGUAUCCUUCCCAUGCCUGACCUGGAAGCAUCUGCAAAUUACUGCUAUGAAGCUACCAAUCAUGACUGUGCAUGCCCUGAUGCAGGUUCUAUCAGAUGCAUAAAACAACAUGUCUCAGAAGCUAGGCUGAAACUUAGAGAGAACCUUGGGGAGGAGAUAUUCGAAGGGUUGGGGUUCUGUGAUAUGGGAGAGGUGGUUGCAAAUAAAUGGACUGACGAGGAAGAGCAAGCCUUCCAUGAGGUGGUCUUAUCCAAUCCUGUUUCUUUGGGAAAAAACUUUUGGGACCAUCUGUCCGCAACAUUCCCUUCCCGAACAAAGAAGGAGCUUGUUAGUUAUUAUUUCAAUGUAUUCAUGCUCCAGAAACGUGCUGAGCAGAACAGGUUUGACCCUCUAAAUAUUGACAGCGAUGAUGAUGAGUGGCAAAAAAUUGAGGGUGAAACAGUAGAGGAAGAUGAGGAUUCUGUGGUGGAAUCUCUGACUGUUCAGGAUUCCUCUGCUUACUGUCAAGAGGAUCAUGCUGAGAAGUUCAAUGAAUAUGUUGAGGAUGAGGAUGAAGCUGUUGCUUCUAAAGAUGGUGUUGAUAAUGUGGUUCGUGGAAUUGCAACUGAUGCGGAAUAUGAGGGAGAUGUAGAUGAUUUUUCAGGAGCACAUGUUGGGAUUUACCAUGGUUGUGUUGGUGACCUUGGACCUAAACAUUUCAAUGGAAUUGCUGGGACCAACACAGAUGAUUGUGAUGUUCAAGAUGAUUCAUGCACAUCGUAUGAGCAUCAUCGAGACAGCAUUGAUUGCUAUGGUCCACUUGAUAUGGGAACUGAUGGGAGACACUCCAGUCAAGAGUAAUAUUUUCACAGUAAAUAUUCUUGAUGGUUUGGUUCCCCUGCUGUUGUUCUGCAAGACUGGAUAUUAUCAAGGGAUUGAUAUUAUUAGUCAUUGCAACUUGAAGAAGCUGAUACCUUUAUUCAAUGUUGAUUGUUGGGAAGAGUGGUUGUCCCAUGCAUCCUUCCAAAUUAAAGUUGGCUCUUGUAGGCAUCAAUAUUCAAGAGUCUGGCAGGUCACCAGUUUCCAGGACUGGCCUUUCAAGGUUCAUGUGGCUCAAUUAAGAAGGAUUUCAGAUAGACAAUUACUAGUAAUACUACUGCAAAAUCCAAUUUUGCUUGCAAAAUUUUGAAUAUGUUGGUGGAAGGGCAUUUUGCAAGAUGCAAGUACUUUUAUAGGACGUGGUUGAUGUUCUUGAGUGAGCCAAUGGAAUCAUCGUGGUAAUAUGCAGAGCUAUGGGUGCGCGAUUUGUUCAACUGUUUAGCGUCACUUGAAUCAUGUUUCUUUUUAUCUCUGCGUGAUCAAUCUCAUGGUAAUUAUCUUGCAAUUUAAUCAACCCUCUGUAAGGCCACUUGGACCAACAUCUAAAUUGAAUGGUGUCGUGAAGGCAUUUUAUUUUA